GUGGCUUAGUGCUCUGAUAUUUAAAACGGCGUCAGAAUCACGGCUCUGCUAGCUCCAAGAGCACAGCUACUCCAGAAGGAUCGAAAGUUGCCAUUAUUUCAGGCAACAUGCAUGUCCCGAUAUCGCUCUCUGUCUGUUUUGUCUUGGCUGCGACUGUCGUGGCUCAAAAGCCUCAUCCUUGCAAAUCUCCACCUUUAAUGGUUGGACGUCUCAGCUUGAUUUAUCCCAAGGGGGAGAUGUUUGUGUAUGAAAGAUUUACCUAUGAUGCUCUGGGAAAGAGGAUAAGGCUUAGGGCACAAGGGGUGGAGCACAACCACUCCUUCUAUGAAGACUUGCUGAUGCUCUUCAGAGAGGGUGUGGUGUAUCAAAUCUCCUACAAAAACCAAACCUGCACAAAGAAGCCCAUGGACAUGCCCUUUCAGCCAAUAGAAAUCCCCCAGGAUGCCACGCUCCAGUCCCAGAUCAUCCUUGGGAGCUCCUCUGGUCCUGGACAGGGGCUGCUGGUCAAUAACUGGAUGGGAGAAAUUCCUGAACAGAAAGCAAAGUUCUACACAACGUUCACGGAGUUUGGGUGCCUCCCCCUCUCAAGCCUUUACACCACCGAUGAGACCGGAUGGAUUUUAUCAAGUUUCUUUGACAUUCUGAUCGGGAUUGACGACCCCCAGGACUUCAUUCCUCCUGAUUUCUGUGACACAACAAAACCAGUGGACAAUGAACUGGUGGUGACUGACUUCUUUGAAGCCCUUAAAAAUAAUUAACAAUGGGAGAAAAUGAAAUAGUCUCAGUUAAAUGCCUGUGAAUUUAUUCACAGUUAGUAUACUGAAUGUGUGCUUCUUUUUACAGUUGAUCUAGCAGAGAAUGUCAUUAUUAUAUUGAUUUUGUUUAAUCUAGUCUCGUGAAUAUUACACAACUCAGAACAUGUGAAGCUUGAGGGAUGACUAAUUUGGUGUUUUGGGUAUAAACCUGUAUGCUUUAAUUAUGCUGAAGGGGUGAAUUCUGAAACAAUUCCCAUGGUUACUGUACAGAAAAAGAGGAGUUAAAUACCUGAAAUGUCUUCUUUGAUAAAAUUGCUGGUAGUGCCCUUACAUUGAUGAUAUUACAUUACAUUACAAGCAUUUAGUAACACCACAUUAUCCACGUACACUUUUUACCUAUUUAACUUACAUAUUAGUUUCCAUUGCCAAUGUUUUAAAUCAGGUAAACUACAGGAAAAUUUUAACAUAAUGUUUCAGAACAAAACUAUGCAAUCAGUACUUGCAAUCUGGGCUGCGUUUCCCGAAGCCUUCUUAACGCUUUGUCGUUCCUAAGUUAUACCUUAAGCUCUACCUUAACAUCUCAGUGUGUUUCCCAAAACGUUCUUAGUUAAGUAUACCUUCUGUACGUCCUACUUUCGUAAGGUUGGUCUGGACCACUCUUAGCUAUACCUUAGCGAUGUUGUCAGCUAGUGGCCACCACUGGCAAGUCUCUGAUAUCAGCUGUUGCUCUUAGUUAGCGACAUGUCAAUCUGUUAAGCAAUAUGGACACUAAUAAUUCUACCAUUGCAGUUGGCUAAUACUAUUACUAAAAUACCACAUUCAUGGGACUGUUUUCGUGUAAAUAAUAAAAUUCUACAUUACGAAGGAUGGAUGUUGCACUUUAUUGAACAUGUUGCCCAAUAGCCUUUUAAAUGAUAUUUAUAAACUGGCGAUUUCCCACUCCCUCUGUGUUCUGGAGCGAUGUAUAACCAUAGUUAUUUAUUUGUUUUAUUGGACACCGUCGUCCUAAAACUGGAAAAUAAUGUUUCUUUAUUCAGCGCCACGUCUUCGGUCAAUAUUUCAAUUUCGUUUGCUUUUUUUUUGGCCAUAGCUUAUGUUCUUUUCAUGUUGGUGUGUUUUGCUUGUUGGUGCGCUUUUUUGAAGGUCAGCUAAUCAGAGAAAACAGUGAAUUACACAGGUCAUGUGAUGGCGCUUCUGGCAAAUGAACCGUGAUUGCAAAGUCAUUUAAGGCACCUGACAAAGAUAUGAAAAUAAUGUAAAUAAAAAAUUGCAUGCCAAAGAAGGCAUAAUGCUAGGUGGCGUAGCUGGAGGUGUGAUACCAGAAUCUGAUAUCACAGACCGUAUGUAUAAUUUGGUGAAACAGAGUAUAUAUAUAUAUAUUUUUUUUUUAAUUCUAUUUUUAAUUCUAUUAAUAAGUUCCCACCAGUUGUGAUAAAUGCAUCAUUUUUAAGUAAUCCUGCAGUGUUUUAUUAAUAAAGAACACUACUUUCUCUCAUAACGCAGUCAUCAAGCAGUCGCUGCAUGGAGUGAAUAAUCGAUCUUAGAAAGGUUGAUGGGCCUAGUAACGUCGCAUGUAGAAGCUAUCCCUUAAGCAACCUCCUAAGGGAUAGUUUGGGGAACACGCCGAGAAAAGUAAACAGCUUUAGUAAGGUAUACCUUUCGAGUGUUCGUAAAACGCUAAGAGACACCGUUAUCGGGAAACGCGGCCCUGGACUCGAUUGGCUAAACAGUUCUAUGACCAUGUGCACAAUCUCAGCUCAAUCAGGGUAGAGGGCAUGUGACUGAAAAGCAAAAAUAUUAUUGGAGGUAAACAUUUUUCCCCACCUACCUUGGUUGAAUUAAAUUGACCAGCCAAUUUAUCAAGACGUGUGAAAUGCUACCAUAUGUGAUGUGAACUGCCUUGUUCAUGAUAUAGCUGCAUAUGUAUUUUUAAUUUUUUUUACAAUUCUGUACUAAUGUGAAAUAUUCAAAUACACACAAUAAAAAAACUAUAUAACAGCA